UAUCCUUAUCUCUCUUCUCCAUUCACUCUCCCCACUUCCACCAUAUAACCCCUCCUCCACGCUCUUCUUCUCGUAGACAACAUCGUCUCCUUGUUCCUCCCUCUUCGAGUUUGAUCCCUUUUUUUUAUACCUACCACACACAUACAAACCGCAGUCAUGGCGAACUCUACAAUCAUCUCCAAUGCUGCCAACCUCCAGAAGUACCUUGACCUCCCCCAAAAGGGCAAUGUCAUGGCCGAGUAUGUCUGGAUAGAUGGUUCCAACGGCAUCCGCUCAAAGUCCAAGACCCUGAAGAAGAAGGUCGAGAGCCUUGACGACCUCCCAGAAUGGAACUUUGACGGUUCGUCAACUGGUCAGGCGCCCGGAGAGAACUCCGAUGUCUACCUCCGCCCGGUUGCAUACUUCCCCGAUCCCUUCCGUCGGGGAGACAACGUCCUUGUCAUGUGCGAGACUUACAUGUCCGAUGGCUCUCCCAACGCGUACAACUUCCGCCACGAUGCUGCCAUAAUCUUUGAGAAGCACAAGGAGGCCGACUUCUGGUUCGGUCUCGAGCAAGAGUACACCCUUCUUGACGAAUUUGGCUGGCCAUAUGGCUGGCCCAAGAACGGCUUCCCCGCCCCCCAGGGUCCUUACUACUGUGGUGUUGGUACUGGCAAGGUCUUUUGCCGUGACAUCGUCGAGGCCCACUACAAGGCCUGCAUGUACGCCGAGAUCAACAUCUCUGGCACCAAUGCCGAGGUUAUGCCCGCCCAAUGGGAGUACCAAGUUGGCCCCUGCCCCGGCAUUUCCCUCGGUGACCAGCUCUGGAUGUCGCGCUUCCUUCUCCACCGCGUUGCUGAGGAGUUUGGUGUCAAGGUUACCUUUGCGCCCAAGCCCAUCCCUGGUGACUGGAACGGUGCUGGUCUCCACACCAACGUCUCUACCGUCGACACCCGUGGUGAGAACGGCAUGAAGGCUAUUGAGGCCGCUAUGGAGAAGCUCUCUACCCGCCAAGCUGAGCACAUGGCCGUCUACGGUCAGGACAACCAGCUCCGCAUGACUGGCAGGCACGAGACUGCCUCAUACGACAAGUUCACAUGGGGCGUUGCCAACCGUGGCUCCUCUGUCCGUAUUCCCCGCGCCGUCGCCGCCGAGGGCAAGGGAUACUUUGAGGACCGCCGCCCCGCCUCCAACGGUGACCCAUACCAGAUCACUGGCAUAAUCGCCGAGACAAUGUACGGCAAGGUCGAGGGUGCCGACAUUGCCAGGUUUGCCAAGAAGGCCGACUCUGUCGAGACGGACAUGGUGAUUGAGGUCAACAAGCCAUAAGAAGCUUUCCGUUGUUAUCCUUCCUGUUCGGUUCUCUCUUUUUUUCCCCAUACCCCCAAAUUUAUUUCGCGCUUUAGACCGCUUUGGGUUUGACUUGUUGCCGCGCUUGUUCAUGGAAAUGGACUGGUUUGUCUGGCUGGGCUUGGCCUUGUAGAAUUUUAUCGACUUUGGUGUUUUGUCGAAUGAUGAGUUGUUAUGGUGCCUUGGUAUAUCUAUAUAGAUUGGGUAUAUCACGAUUCUUGUGG